AUGACAGGAAAAACCUUUACGAUUGAAGAGGUCAAGGAGCAUAACACCCGAGGUAACCUAUGGAUGGUCAUUCAGGGUAAAGUGUACGACUGCUCAAAGUUCUUGGAUGAUCAUCCAGGCGGUGAAGAGGUCCUUAUCGAGCAAGCAGGACUUGAUGCUACUGAAGCCUUUGACGAAAUUGGUCAUUCCGAUGAUGCCCGCGAUCUUCUUAAAGAAAUGUACCUUGGCGAUCUA